UGUGGAAGUAUUCACCACAAUUUGUUAUGAUUGUGACCACGUUCUGCAAAUGGGGCAAGCAUUUCAGCUUGCGGUCUCUCGGGCGAAGAUGGCAUUAUCUUGGGGAGGCAAGCUGAGAGAAAUGCUGUCUGAUGGGUCAGCCAGGGUGCUUGUACGCCUCCUUGCCGUCCCUGUUCAACCACGGAAUCUCCUGGAGGCCAGCCCAUCUGCACCGAUACGGCGCCAGAGAGACCAUUGUGCCACCCAAGUAGCCGCCGGUGACUUACCUAAGGAUGUCUGGAUGGGCAGGUAUGCGAAGCGUAAAGCUGAUGGCGAAGUGCUUGCCGGCUCCUCACGGCGCCAUAAGCAAGCAAAAACCACAGGCGUCCACGAUAGGGUGGACAUCAACCACUCCGUCACCUUUUCCGAUCUUCCCCGCGAAAUUCAUCGACUCAUCUUUACUUACGUCGAAUGUAUCGAAGACUUAAUAUGCCUAGGUCUCGCCAAUCGGUACUUAUGGGCUAUUGGUCGAGAAUGCAUGCACGACUAUUACGCGUCGUUCCUCGGCCGAUGGGCCCGCAGGAAUAUCGUCUGUGUAGGAGAAGAUUUCCGACCGGACGACUAUCCUCCCGGCUUGUUCUCAGCCAAAGAGCUAUCAGUAUUGCGUCAGACGACAAGCGAUAUACCGUACGACUUCGACUUUCCCGACGAGGUGGCGGACCCUAACGUGCCGUUCACGCUUCACCACUUCACUUUUCCCAGCGUUUCCGACAUGGAAGAAGACGUUUGUCUGUUUAACAAGUCGCUUGGUUUAGUUGGUCGUCUGUCCACAUUGGGCAUCUCUAAGGACGCUGCAUUUGCUUCUAUACGUUCGGAAAUGCGGAUCACAGAGGAGACCUACUUUCCCAAAGACCAGUUGUGGAUUCUUCGAAACUUGAUGACAAAGCAGUUCGUCCGCUCGGAAGCCAUCGCUCUAAAACCAGAAUUAAUCCAUGGCCCCAAUAUUAACGCUUUGGGCUUCGGCGAUGUUGUCAUGUCGCGCAUCUGCUGGUCAACAUCCUCUUCUGUCAGUAUGAAUGACACGACCAAUAUCUCGAGAGGAGUGUGGGCAGGGCACUGUUUCGACAUUACAACGUUUGUGAGACAUAAAGACGAGACCAAUGAGGCGGAGUGGGGCGAUGUGAGUGAUGAAGUUGCAAGUGAGAUUGCGGGCAUCUGGGAGAGUGCAUACGGCGCCAAUUGGCGCGAGACCGUCUGCAACCUGCGGUAUCAGACGUCCGGUCAUCGUUUUGCCCCCAAAUUUUAG